GGCGCUCCCCCUGGCGCGGCGGCCGCGGCGCUGCUGCUCGGGCGGGCGGGGGCGGCCUUGGGCUCCCGCUUCCGGUGUGGUGUCAUGGCGGGCCCCGGGCGCUGAUGGCUGAGGGGAGCUGAGGGCCCCGCAGCGCGCCAGGGAUAACGGAGACCCGCCCGCGCCCUCCCCGCGCCCGGCGCCUCUCCUGCCGCCCUCCCCGCGGGGAUCCGCCCCCCUCCCUGGCCGGGCAGGCGGGGGGACAUGGCGGCCCACAAGCCGGUGGAGUGGGUGCAGGCCGUGGUGAACCGCUUCGAUGAGCAGCUUCCUAUAAAGGCUGGCCAGCAAAAUACCCACACCAAAGUCAGUACGGAGCACAACAAGGAAUGUCUCAUAAACAUUUCCAAGUACAAGUUUUCCCUGGUCAUCAGUGGUCUCACCAAUAUCUUAAAAAAUGUUAAUAACAUGAGAAUAUUUGGAGAAACUGCUGAAAAGAAUUUGUAUCUAUCUCAGCUGAUUAUCUUGGAUACACUGGAAAAAUGUCUGGCAGGGCAACCAAAGGAUACCAUGCGACUAGACGAGACUAUGCUGGUGAAACAGUUGCUGCCAGAAAUCUGCCACUUCAUCCACACCUACCGUGAAGGGAACCAGCACGCAGCUGAGCUGCGGAAUUCGGCCUCUGGGGUUCUUUUUUCUCUGAGCUGCAAUAACUUCAAUGCUGUGUUCAGCCGCAUUUCCACCAGAUUACAGGAACUGACUGUUUGUUCAGAAGAUAAUGCUGAUGUUCAUGAUAUUGAACUUUUACAGUACAUCAGUGUGGAUUGUUCCAAACUAAAGCGACUCUUGCAAGAGACGGUAUUCAAGUUUAAAGCCCUUAAGAAAGUAGCUCAAUUGGCUGUUAUCAACAGUCUUGAAAAGGCAUUUUGGAACUGGGUGGAAAACUAUCCUGAUGAAUUCACAAAGCUGUAUCAAACACCUCAGACUGAUAUGGCUGAUUGUGCAGAGAAGUUGUUUGACUUAGUGGAUGGCUUUGCUGAAAGCACAAAACGUAAAGCAGCAGUUUGGCCACUGCAAAUCAUACUCCUCGUCCUGUGUCCAGAGAUAAUCCAAGAUAUAGCAAAGGAUGUGGUGGAAGAAACUAAAAUGAACAAGAAACUGUUCCUGGACAAUCUCAGGAAGGCACUUGCAGGCCACGGUGGGAGCAGACAGCUGACUGAAAGUGCUGCUAUUGCUUGUGUCAAACUGUGCAAAGCUUCUACGUACAUCAACUGGGAAGAUAAUUCUGUCAUUUUUCUACUAGUGCAGUCCAUGGUGGUAGAUCUGAAGAAUUUGCUGUUUAAUCCAAGCAAACCUUUUUCAAGAGGCAAUCAAAAUGCAGAUGUAGACCUUAUGAUUGACUGCUUGGUUUCCUGUUUCCGCAUAAACCCUCAUAAUAACCAACACUUUAAGAUCUGCCUGGCACAGAAUUCCCCAUCAACAUUUCAUUAUGUGCUGGUAAAUUCGCUCCACCGAAUCAUCACAAAUUCGGCGCUGGACUGGUGGCCGCGGAUCGACGCUGUGUACUGCCACUCCAUGGAGCUGCGCAGCAUGUUCAGCGAGACCCUUCACAAGGCGAUCCAGGGCUGCGGGGCCCACCCGGCCAUUCGCAUGACUCCGAUGCCAACCAGUCACUGUUUUGCAUGGCAGUGGGCCUCUGUUGCUAGUCUUACAUUUAAGGAGAAAAUGACAAGCCUUAAAUUUAAAGAAAAACCUACUGAUCUGGAAACCAGAAGCUACAAGUUCUUGCUGUUAUCCUUGGUAAAGCUGAUCCAUGCUGAUCCAAAGCUGUUGCUGUGUAAUCCAAGGAAGCAAGGGCCUGAGACACAGGGGAGCACGGCCGAGUUAAUUACAGGCCUCGUGCAACUCGUUCCGCAGUCCAGCAUGCCAGAUAUCGCACAAGAAGCCAUGGAGGCCUUGCUAGUUCUUCACCAGUUAGACAGCAUCGACUUGUGGAAUCCUGAUGCACCUAUAGAGACAUUCUGGGAAAUUAGUUCACAAAUGCUUUUUUAUAUCUGCAAGAAGCUAACUAGUCAUCAGAUGCUGAGCAGUACAGAAAUCCUCAAAUGGCUGCGAGAGAUUCUCAUCUGUAGGAACAAAUUCCUUCUAAAAAACAAACAGUCAGACAGGAGUUCCUGCCACUUCCUCUUCCUUUACGAUGUCUCUGGAGGUGGAACUAGUCAGAUUUCUCUUGACCAUGAAGAGAUGAUACGCUGUACUCCAGGAGCUACCCUCAGGAAAGGGAAAGGGAAUUCUUCCAUGGAAAGCACAGCAGGCUGCAGUGGAACUCCCAUCUGUCGCCAAGCCCAAACAAAAUUGGAAGUCGCCUUGUACAUGUUCUUGUGGAGCCCGGACAUCGAGGCAGUGCUCGUUGCAAUGUCCUGUUUCCGGCACCUCUGUGAGGAAGCUGAUAUCAGAUGUGGGGUAGAUGAAGUCUCUGUGCAUAAUUUUUUGCCAAACUACAAUACUUUCAUGGAGUUCGCAUCUGUUAGCAAUAUGAUGUCAACAGGGAGAGCAGCUCUUCAGAAGAGAGUGAUGGCGUUACUGAGGCGUAUUGAGCAUCCGACUGCAGGCAACACAGAGGCCUGGGAGGAUACACAUGCAAAAUGGGAACAAGCUACAAAACUGAUCCUUAACUAUCCAAAGACCAAAAUGGAAGACGGGCAGGUUACUGAAAGUCUUCAUAAGACAAUUGUGAAGAGACGAAUGUCGCAUGUCAGUGGGGGAGGCUCCAUAGACUUGUCUGACACAGACUCUCUUCAGGAGUGGAUCAACAUGACAGGGUUCUUAUGUGCCCUGGGAGGAGUGUGCCUGCAGCACCGCAGCAAUGCAGGGCUGGCCACCUACAGCCCACCCAUGGGCCCGGUCAAUGAGCGCAAGGGCUCCAUGAUAUCCAUGGUGUCCACCGAGGGAAACACAGAGACUCCUGUCAGCAAGUUCAUUGAUAGGUUAUUGACUCUCAUGGUCUGUAACCACGAGAAAGUGGGACUUCAGAUACGGACUAACAUUAAAGAUCUGGUGGGUUUGGAGUUGAGUCCAGCACUUUAUCCAAUGCUGUUUAACAAACUGAAGAACACCAUCAGCAAGUUUUUUGAUUCUCAAGGACAGGUUUUGUUAACUGAGACCAACACCCAAUUUGUAGAGCAGACUAUUGCUAUAAUGAAGAAUUUGCUUGACAAUCACACAGAAGGGAGCUCAGAACACCUUGGACAAGCUAGUAUUGAGACAAUGAUGCUAAAUCUGGUUAGGUAUGUGCGUGUGCUUGGAAAUCUGGUGCAUGCAAUUCAAAUCAAAACUAAGCUCUGCCAGUUAGUAGAAGUAAUGAUGGAAAGGAGAGAUGACCUUUCCUUUUGCCAAGAAAUGAAAUUUAGGAACAAAAUGGUCGAGUAUUUGACAGACUGGGUUAUGGGAACAUCUAAUCAAGCAACAGAUGAGGAUGUGAAAUGCUUGACAAGAGAUUUGGACCAAGCAAGCAUGGAAGCAGUGGUCUCUCUCCUUGCUGGGCUUCCACUACAGCCUGAAGAAGGAGAUGGUGUUGAGUUGAUGGAAGCGAAAUCUCAGUUAUUCCUUAAGUACUUCACGCUGUUCAUGAACCUUCUCAAUGACUGCAGUGAAGUUGAAGAUGAAAGCGCACAGACAGGAGGCAGGAAACGUGGGAUGUCUCGCAGACUGGCUUCGCUCCGGCACUGCACUGUCCUUGCUAUGUCCAACUUACUCAAUGCAAAUGUGGACAGUGGUCUUAUGCACUCAAUAGGCUUGGGCUAUCAUAAAGACCUCCAAACAAGAGCUACGUUUAUGGAAGUCCUCACCAAAAUUCUGCAGCAGGGAACAGAAUUUGAUACCUUAGCAGAAACAGUGCUAGCAGAUCGGUUUGAGAGAUUGGUGGAGUUGGUUACAAUGAUGGGUGAUCAGGGGGAGCUUCCUAUUGCUAUGGCUUUAGCCAAUGUGGUGCCUUGUUCUCAGUGGGAUGAGCUAGCUCGUGUCCUGGUCACACUCUUUGAUUCCCGGCACUUGCUCUACCAGCUCCUCUGGAAUAUGUUUUCAAAGGAAGUUGAGCUAGCGGACUCCAUGCAGACACUCUUCCGAGGAAACAGCUUAGCCAGUAAAAUAAUGACUUUCUGUUUUAAGGUGUAUGGUGCUACGUAUCUGCAGAAGCUUUUGGAGCCUUUAUUAAGGACUGUGAUCACAUCCUCUGAAUGGCAGCAUGUUAGCUUUGAGGUGGAUCCAACAAGGCUGGAGCCCACGGAGAGCCUUGAGGAGAACCAGAGGAGUCUCUUGCAAAUGACAGAAAAGUUUUUCCAUGCCAUCAUUAACUCCUCUUCCGAGUUCCCACCACAGCUCCGCAGUGUGUGCCAUUGUUUGUACCAGGCAACUUGCCACUCUCUACUGAAUAAAGCUACCGUAAAAGAAAAAAAGGAAAACAAAAAAUCAGUGGUUAGCCAGCGGUUCCCUCAGAACAGCAUCGGAGCCGUCGGAAGCGCCAUGUUCCUCCGGUUCAUCAACCCUGCCAUCGUCUCCCCUUACGAGGCAGGGAUUUUAGAUAAAAAGCCUCCACCAAGAAUUGAAAGGGGAUUGAAACUGAUGUCAAAGAUUCUUCAGAGCAUUGCCAACCACGUCCUGUUUACAAAAGAGGAACAUAUGCGGCCUUUUAAUGAUUUUGUAAAAAGCAAUUUUGAUGCAGCGCGAAGGUUCUUCCUUGACAUUGCAUCUGAUUGCCCAGCGAGUGACACUGUCAAUCACAGCCUGUCUUUCAUCAGCGAUGGCAACGUGCUGGCUUUGCACCGGCUGCUGUGGAACAACCAGGAGAAAAUUGGCCAGUACCUUUCCAGCAACAGGGACCACAAGGCUGUUGGAAGACGACCUUUUGACAAGAUGGCGACUCUUCUUGCCUACUUGGGUCCUCCUGAGCACAAACCCGUGGCAGACACCCAUUGGUCCAGUUUAAAUCUCACAAGUUCCAAAUUUGAAGAGUUUAUGACGAGGCAUCAGGUACAUGAAAAAGAGGAGUUCAAAGCACUGAAAACAUUAAAUAUUUUCUACCAAGCUGGGACAUCGAAAGCUGGCAAUCCUGUCUUCUACUACAUUGCUCGGCGAUUCAAGACUGGUCAGAUCAACGGAGAUCUGCUGAUCUACCAUGUGCUGCUGACUCUGAAGCCAUACUAUGCAAAGCCAUAUGAGAUUGUGGUGGACCUCACUCACGCUGGCCCCAGUAAUCGCUUUAAAACAGACUUUCUUUCUAAAUGGUUUGUAGUUUUUCCAGGCUUUGCUUAUGAAAAUGUCUCAGCAGUUUUUAUUUAUAACUGUAACUCUUGGGUCAGAGAAUACACCAAAUACCAUGAAAGGCUCUUGACAGGUUUGAAAGGAAGCAAAAGGCUUAUUUUCAUAGACUCUCCAGGGAAACUGGCCGAGCACAUAGAACACGACCAGCAGAAACUCCCAGCAGCUACCUUGGCUUUGGAGGAGGAUUUGAAAGUAUUUCACAAUGCUCUCAAACUGGCUCACAAAGACACCAAAGUCUCUAUUAAAGUUGGGUCGACCGCUGUGCAGGUGACAUCAGCAGAACGAACAAGAGUCCUGGGACAAACAGUGUUUCUAAAUGACAUCUACUACGCCUCUGAGAUCGAGGAAAUAUGUCUCGUGGAUGAGAACCAGUUUACACUGACCAUUGCCAACCAGGGCACACCGCUCACCUUCAUGCAUCAGGAGUGUGAAGCCAUUGUCAGGUCCAUCAUUCACAUACGGACGCGGUGGGAGCUCUCACAACCAGACUCCAUCCCCCAGCACACCAAAAUUCGCCCCAAGGAUGUCCCUGGGACGCUGCUGAACAUCGCGCUGCUCAACCUGGGGAGCUCCGACCCCAGCCUGCGGUCUGCUGCCUAUAAUCUUCUAUGUGCCUUAACAUGUACCUUUAAUUUAAAGAUUGAGGGCCAGUUACUGGAAACGUCAGGACUGUGUAUUCCUGCCAACAACACACUAUUUAUUGUAUCUAUUAGUAAGACUCUUGCAGCUAACGAACCCCACCUCACCUUAGAGUUCUUGGAAGAGUGCAUUUCUGGAUUCAGCAAGUCUAGUAUUGAACUGAAGCACCUCUGUCUGGAGUACAUGACUCCCUGGCUGUCCAACCUGGUGCGGUUCUGCAAACACAACGAUGAUGCCAAGCGCCAGCGGGUCACGGCCAUUCUUGAUAAGCUCAUAACGAUGACAAUAAACGAGAAGCAGAUGUACCCUUCCAUCCAGGCCAAGAUAUGGGGAAGUCUUGGACAGAUAACGGAUCUCCUGGAUGUCGUGCUGGACAGCUUUAUCAAGACCAGUGCCACAGGGGGCUUAGGCUCCAUAAAGGCUGAGGUUAUGGCAGACACGGCUGUAGCACUUGCUUCAGGAAAUGUAAAGCUGGUUUCAAGCAAAGUGAUUGGGAGGAUGUGUAAAAUAAUCGACAAGACUUGUCUGUCUCCGACUCCUACCCUGGAGCAGCACCUGAUGUGGGAUGACAUUGCUAUUCUAGCACGCUACAUGCUGAUGCUCUCCUUCAACAAUUCUCUGGAUGUGGCAGCACAUCUCCCCUACCUCUUCCACGUGGUCACCUUGUUGGUGGCCACUGGUCCCCUUUCUCUCAGAGCUUCCACUCAUGGUCUCGUCAUCAACAUCAUUCAUUCUCUCUGCACUUGUUCCCAGCUUCACUUCAGUGAGGAGACCAAGCAAGUUUUAAGGCUGAGCUUGACUGAGUUCUCUCUGCCCAAGUUCUAUUUGCUGUUUGGAAUCAGCAAAGUGAAGUCGGCCGCGGUCAUCGCAUUCCGCUCCAGCUACCGAGACAGGUCCUUCUCUCCUGGCUCCUAUGAAAGGGAGACUUUUGCCCUGACCUCGUUGGAAACUGUUACUGAGGCACUGCUGGAGAUCAUGGAGGCAUGUAUGAGGGAUAUUCCAACAUGCAAGUGGCUGGACCAGUGGACUGAACUAGCUCAAAAGUUUGCAUUCCAGUACAAUCCAUCCCUGCAGCCGAGAGCACUUGUUGUCUUUGGCUGCAUAAGUAAGCGUGUAUCUCAUGGACAAAUAAAGCAAAUAAUCCGAAUUCUUAGCAAGGGACUCGAGAGCUGUUUAAAAGGGCCUGAUAAUUACAAUAGCCAAGUUCUGAUAGAAGCUACGGUUAUAGCCCUCACCAAGCUGCAGCCUCUUCUUAACAAGGACUCGCCGAUGCACAAGGCCCUCUUCUGGGUAGCCAUGGCAGUGCUGCAGCUGGAUGAAGUAAACCUGUACUCAGCAGGUACAGCCCUACUUGAGCAGAAUCUGCACACCCUGGACAGCCUUCGAGUAUUCAACGACAAGAGCCCGGAAGAGGUGUUCAUGGAGAUCAGGAGACCCCUGGAGUGGCACUGCAAGCAGAUGGACCAUUUUGUUGGCCUGAAUUUCAACUCCAACUUCAACUUUGCACUAGUGGGACACCUCCUGAAGGGGUACAGGCACCCUUCUCCUACCACUGUAGCAAGAACUGUGAGGAUUUUACACACACUACUAGCUCUGGUUAACAAGCACAGGAACUGUGACAAGUUUGAGGUGAACACCCAGAGCGUGGCUUACCUGGCAGCUUUGCUGACAGUGUCUGAGGAAGUUCGAAGUCGCUGCAGCCUGAAGCACAGGAAGUCUCUCUUGUUGACGGACGUUUCAAUGGAGAAUGUUCCCAUGGAUACCUACCCCAUCCAUCACAGUGACACUAGCUAUAGGACACUAAAGGAAAACCAGCCCUGGUCAUCACCAAAGGGGUCAGACAGACACCUGGCUGCCAGUUACCCGACAGUGGGACAGAUAAGCCCUCGAACACGAAAAUCCAUGAGUUUGGAUAUGGGGCAGCCGUCACAAGCGAACACUAAAAAGCUUCUAGGUACAAGGAAAAGUUUUGACCAUUUGAUAUCGGACACAAAGGCUCCUAAAAGGCAAGACAUGGAAUCUGGAAUCACAACGCCUCCCAAAAUGAGGAGAGUAGCCGAAAAUGAUUAUGAAAUGGAAACCCAGAGAAUAUCACCACAGCAGCACCCGCAUCUCCGAAAGGUUUCUGUGUCCGAGUCAAAUGUCCUGCUUGAUGAAGAAGUCCUGACUGACCCCAAAAUACAAGCGCUGCUGCUUACGGUUCUUGCGACAUUAGUGAAGUACACUACUGAUGAGUUUGACCAGCGGAUUCUGUACGAGUAUUUAGCAGAAGCCAGCGUCGUCUUCCCAAAGGUCUUUCCUGUUGUGCACAAUUUACUGGAUUCCAAGAUCAAUACCCUCCUAUCGCUGUGCCAGGAUCCAAACUUGCUGAAUCCAAUCCAUGGGAUCGUUCAGAGCGUUGUCUACCAUGAAGAGUCGCCGCCCCAGUACCAAACUUCUUACCUACAGAGUUUUGGAUUUAAUGGGUUGUGGAGGUUUGCUGGCCCCUUCUCUAAGCAAACACAAAUCCCAGACUACGCUGAGCUCAUAGUGAAGUUUCUUGAUGCCUUGAUUGACACGUAUUUGCCUGGAAUCGAUGAGGAAACCAGUGAAGAAUCUCUCCUGACGCCCACCUCUCCGUAUCCCCCGGCAGUGCAGAGCCAGCUGAGCAUCACUGCUAACCUCAACCUUUCCAAUUCCAUGACCUCGCUUGCAACCUCCCAGCACUCCCCAGGGAUCGACAAGGAGAACGUGGAGCUGUCGCCCACCGCCGGGCACGCCAACAGUGGGAGGAUGCGCCACGGCUCCGCGAGCCAAGUGCAGAAGCAGCGCAGCGCGGGCAGCUUCAAGCGGCACAGCAUCAAAAAGAUCGUGUGAUUGCUCCUCUCUGACCCCCAUAACUUUCUGUCUGGAGACUGACGCACGCGGGCCCUCGCAGGGGCCCUCACCGGUUGCAAUGCUGCACUUAACUUUUCCAGUUCCCAUCCUGUCAGCCGUGUUGCCAGAUGAUCAACUCCUGAGACAUU